AGAGGAAGAGGAGGCGGACACAGCCUAUGAGGAGGAGAGUGAGCAGUCACGUUGGACACGUGAACAACAUAAACUGUUCCGUGCUAUGCGGCCAUAUUUCUCUGGCCGAAGCAGGGGCUCGUUAAUUCGGGCCAUUGAGUUUGGCACCUCCAUGAAUGCAUACAUGGAGGAGUAUGCUCAAUUUACAUACUGCCCCGAGGGAACGAAAAAAAUGAGGGAGAAUGCUCAGACGAAGGUCAGCCGGGCCAAGGUCUUUGUAAAAUAUCUUUGCCUCGGCUGCCCUUCCCUGACGCUUUGGGACUGGACAUUUUUGUUCAACGUCCCCCUCCUGAAGUUUUACCCUGCUCUCCUGCGCAAUGUUGGCCUGGCCCCAACGACAGUUGCGCUGUAUGUGGGCCAGGCCAUCUCGUUCCUCGAACACCUGAGGGACACACUGCCAAAGUACUCCCGCCUGAAAAGUUCCCAGGUCAAUGUCCUCGUGAGGGAGUUGCGAAAGGUUUACAGAGACAUUGGGAGGAAACUCCUUGGACACCAGUCGCUUGUUAAACAGGACAAGCAGCAGCGGCUGGUGUCCAAGGAGGACCUGGCCCAGUGUCAGGCCUUGGCCAGGGCGAAAAUGCCUGAAUUGCAUAAGGACAUGAGAAAGGCGCCAGCCAGAGACCCCAGGACCCGCUACAGGUUCUUUGGCUACCUGGCGGCCUACCUUUUGUGUAUAUAUGGCCACAGGUCAGGAGUGCUCACGAAAAUUAAAGUAAAAGAGGUCAAGGACGCCUUGGGAGACGAAAGGGCGGGCUACCUGGUGAAUGUGAUGGAGCACAAAACUGUUAGAAAAUUUGGCAUGGCGCAGAUUUAUCUAACAAGUGAAGAAUAUGGGUGGUGCACCGAGUGGCUCCGCUUCCGACAGCGGGCGGUCCCCACAAACCAUUACUUUUUCUCCGCCCUUGGCCGCGGCGAGGCCAAGGAUCUGGUCAAGUAUUUCCGGAAGGCCUGGAAAGAGAUGGGCUUGAGGGGAUCGCCCACCCUCAUGGACAUCAGGUCGGCGGUGGCUACCUAUAAUUUCGAAUCCAACGAUUCAGAGGUACGCCAGCAUGUGGCAACGUUCAUGUGCCGUGAUGUUAGGACACAAGAACGCUUCUAAUCCCUCCACAUCACCUUGACCCGAGCGAAGCAGAUGAGGGAGCUCUUUGUGUGCAUGUCACUA